UUCUCUUGUUCUCCCCCCAAUUUCCUCCUCCUCCUCCUCCUCCGGCAAAUUUCUCCUCUCCCUCCUCAAAAAAAUCCCCAAAAUUCUCUAAUAUCUCCUCUUCGAUCUCAAACCCUAACCCCUCCGUCAUCUGCCUGUGAGAUCCCAGUCCCGAUUUCUCAGAGAAGGAAGAAAGAAUCCCAAACCCUAGACCUCCAACUCCCCAAAUUCCCUUACCCCAAACCCUAAUUCCACCACCCCAAAUGGGUCGAAUUUCCCGCGGCUGCCCCUCAUCUAAACCCUCGACCUCCAUCAUCUCUCAAUCCCCAUCAAACCCUCAACCUCCAUCAGAGACCGCGUCGACCUCGAUCACAGAAACCAUCAACGGAUCUCACCAGUUCAAGAUCACCGGCUACUCUUUGUCAAAAGGUCUAGGGAUUGGGAAGUACGUAGCUUCUGAUACUUUUAACGUCGGGGGGUUCGAGUGGGCGAUCUAUUUUUAUCCUGAUGGAAAGAGUCCUGAGGAUAAUGCGAGUUACGUGUCGCUUUUUAUAGCGUUGGCGAGCGAGGGGACGGAUGUUAGGGCUUUGUUUGAGCUGACGCUGUUGGAUCAGAGCGGGAAGGAGAGGCAUAAGGUUCAUAGUCAUUUUGGGAGGACGCUGGAGGACGGGCCGUAUACGCUGAAGUAUCGGGGGAGUAUGUGGGGUUAUAAGCGAUUCUUCAAACGAACUGCCUUGGAGGCUUCUGAUUAUCUUAAAGAUGACUGUCUGUCAAUUAAUUGUAGUGUUGGCGUUGUUAGAUCACAUACCGAGGGACCCAAGUCGUAUACGAUACCAGUGCCUUCCUCUAACAUUACUCAGCAUUUUGGCCAACUUCUAGAAAGUGGAGAAGGAACUGAUGUUUCAUUCGAAGUUGAUGAUGAGAUCUUUGCAGCUCAUAGCUUGGUCCUUGCAGCUCGGUCACCUGUGUUCAGAGCACAACUAUUUGGUCCGAUGAAGGACCAUAACAUGCAAUGCAUAAAGGUUGAAGAUAUGCAGCCUGCCGUCUUUAAGGCUUUACUUCACUUCAUUUACUGGGACUGUCUGCCUGAUAUGGAUGAUCUUGCUGGUGUGGCUUCGACGUUAAUGGCUCAACACUUGCUCGCAGGUGCAGACAGAUAUGCAUUGGAGAGGCUUAAACUACUCUGCGAAGAUAAGCUCUGCCAGGAUGUAUCAAUUAACACAGCAGCAACUACUUUAGCUUUGGCCGAGCAGCAUCAUUGUUUUCAGCUUAAGUCUGUUUGUCUCAGAUUUAUUGCUUUGCCUGAAAAUCUUAAAGCUGUGAUGCAAACUGAAGGAUUUGAGCAUUUGAAGGUCAGCUGCCCAUCCAUAUUGUCAGAGCUCUUGGAACAUGUGGCAAAAAUGGGAGAACAUUCAGUCAAAGCAGGGGUACAUGUGGUUGAAGCGCCACUUGAUGGCAGCGAUGUUAACGGGAGACGAGUGAAGCCUCGAAUAACAUAGAGUGGAAGAAAUACUUGUUUCUUACCUUCUCCUUUUCAUUUUAUUCUGUAAAUCAACUAGCUAUUAUGGGGUUUCCAAAUUUCUUCUAUAUACCUGCUAUGUAUGACAUGUUGUAAGCUAUCUCAUAGUGUGUGUACUUAGACCUUUGUAGUUGCAUGUGGGGUUGUGGGUGGUUCAGGAAUUGUGUGCUUGUUCUCGUGUAAAAGGACAAACCUGUGAAAAUCAGCACAUAACAAGUGUAACGAAAAUUGUACGAAGAUGUAGCUGCAGAUGUCAAGUACUCCUGGAGUGCCUACUUGGUAACGGUACUUCGCACUUUGCGGUCGGAGGUUGCUCUAAAAAAAAUGCCACAGUGGAAGCUUGCUUGGUGUUGAUUGUGUUUUGAACAUUGAAGAAUUAUUGGCGUCAUAAACAUUCAAGUCAAAUCUGUUUGCCAUUUUUUUUUCAACUUUGUUUGUGUAAUCCCUCGAAGGAUGAUAGUUAUUGUUACACUUCAAGUACUACUACUGUACUGAUACGCUCGAGUUUGAUUUAUUUGGUCAAUGGUUCCUUCUUGGA